UGUCAAUAAUUGCAUCCGUGUCAUUUUUAACAUACACGUUGUAUAUUAAAAGUUAAUAGUUUAUUUACCUGUUUAGAGAUUACCAGUUAUUCUUAACAUAUAACUAACUGAAUUUGUGUAAAUUAAUAAUGUCGUCUACCGAAGAUAACUCUCAACUCAAGGCUGGUCAUCCUCCUGCAGUUAAGGCUGGAGGGAUGAGAAUAACUCAACACAAAGUUCCUCACACUAAAGAUGGCAAGGAGGUGGCAUAUGAAGACUUGACCGGUCUAGCAGGGCCUUCACCAGUUCCAACGAACCCUGUAUCAAUAGCUGGUGCUCCAAACAGAGGAAAUGCAGACUUUACACCACAAGCUGCCCAAGUAGCUCACAGCCCUAAGCCUCCAUCCAUUAUCAAUAUUAAACCAAGUCCUAACAUUCAACAGCCCAGAAAGUAGAUGAGAACAACAAUAAUAUUGGUUUAUGUUAGGUGUUAAAAAAAGGCAAGUGAAUUUUAUCCAUAACAACCAGGAAAUAGAGUUAUAAAUGUUUCAAUGGUUAAUUCAUGUUUGAUCAACUGUAUAACUGUAAGAACAAUUAUUAUAGUAUUUGAACAAAAAAAAAACAAAAAAUUAAAACCAGAUUACAGUGGACUUGAUAAGCGUUUGGCAAGAUUUUUUUUAUCAAAAUAAUAUUUUCAUACUUAUAAUUUUCACAUUGUUCUUAACACUUAGCAUAUAAAAAUAACACAUAAUGUUGGAUAAUGUUAUGGCUAAAUACUUAACCUGUUUACAUUAUAUAAUUAUUCAAAUUUUAUACACAAGAAGCAUCUUAAGCUUUGCUGUUAAUUUUUCCCUUGAAAUAUAUCCUGUACUUAUUCUAAAAAAAUAUGACAAAUAUGAAUAGUGGAUACGAAUUAUAUCAUGAUAUAGUAUUUGUGAAAAAUGUGUUUGUAUAGUUACAUGAUUUAAACAAUGUUAGCUGUAAUGAUUAGUGGUGGUGGACUUAGUAGAUAACUAUACAUAAAGUUGUAUAUUGUAGUAUGGUGUUGAAUGGUGAAUUACAACAGGCUGUAUACAGAAGCUGAAAAUCCUCCCGGGGCAUUGUGUUCAUCUUAGAGUGGCUCUUGGUAGUCCCAGAAUAUGACCCUGUUGUUACCACUUCCUCAAUAUAAAAGAGGAUGCUCUCUAUAAAUACCAACCUGCUAGGCUCAUAGUCAAGUUAGUACUAAUAUUUUAGUUCUUAACUUAUCUUGACUCAUGAUGAGCCCAAGCCCAAUGCACAUUGUUGUUGUUGGACACAUUAUAAUAAAAUUUGCAUAUAUAAUAUCACUAGUGAAAUUGUAAUAUCACAGCUUUGACUUUGGUGCCUUAUGAGAUAUGAUAUAUCAUUUUACAUAUCAAAACUGUACUUAACAACAGAUAGUGUCAAAACUACGGACAAUCAAUUAAUAAGUUCAAUUGUCCACAUAACAUUGUGAUACACAUAAGUUACUGGUUAUUAAUGGGGUCAUAUGGUUACUGUUGGGGCCAAUAUUUGCCACUCCACAUCAAAUACACAAACUUCUUUUCGAUGACUUAAUCCCACAUAUAUUUUUUAAAUAUUGAAACAAAUAUCAGAAAUAUUUAACUAGUAGUUACAUUGAUGAUGAAAUAUCCAUUUUUAUUAAACAUUGAACUGUGCCUUCUAAUUUUUAUCAUUUUUGUCACCAGUGAAUAAACUUAGGAUUGAAAAAGAAAACUGAGAAAAUGAGGUGUAGAAACUAAGAAAUUAUACAUAAUCUUUAUGAUUAAAGCAAUAAUUUACAUCUAAAUUAUAUAUGAAUAAGUUUUUAUAAUAGCUGGGUAUAACAAUAGUAUAGACCAAAAAAUAUUUUGCUUUAGAUCCAUUAUGUGGAACUGAAGUAUUUUUGUGUGCAAUUGGUAUUUUUUAAUAUUAUUGUAUUAUGUUUUUCAUUUUUGUCCAUGAUCCUAUUUUUGUUAUAUUUUUUGUCUUUAAUCUUAGCAUCAUGCAGUUACUACAACCAUCAAAGAACAUAUUAUGCCAUGUGUUCUAUGAUUUAUAUUCUAUUUUAAUUAAUAUUUAUGUAAGAUUAUUUUAUAUUUCUACAUUCCUAGAGCAUUUUCAAAAAAAUAUGGUAGAAAUAUUUAAAAAAAAUUGUACUUAAGGAAAAUGUGUAGCUGUAAAAUAAUUGGUUAUUGAUUUUUUGCUUAAGAAUAUAUCUUUAAAUAUUAAAAUAAACUUAAUAUUUUAUUUUAAAAUAUAUAGGCUUGUUAAAAAAGGAAAAAUAUUUUGAUGUUCUUCAGCAACAGCAUUUUUUUUCCCAAUAAAACUCAUAUAUGUCCACAAUGUUUUUAUUUAACAAUUUAACAUGAUUUAAUACUAUAUAAAGAUAUCAGUAAAAUAUAUAUUUUUAUUAAAGCUAUAUUUACUUAUGAUCAGAUGAUUUUCGUUUACUCUUAGAAAAUGAUGUGUUAAAAAUCUGUAAAAAUAUUUUUUUUAUAAAUAAAGGUCAAAGGCUCUUCAUUGAUAAACCUAGUUAUGGAUAACAGGAUUGCAGGUUUGAUUCCCGGUAGUUGAAGUAAAAGUGGUGUUUCUUGGAGCAGAAGAAUAUUAUCAUCAAAUUUUGAUUUAUACCUUACAGUAUGCUUUAUUAAAACAUAAUUAAGAUAUAA